AUGCAAUAACAACGAAGCAAUUUUGGCUAACAAAUUUUCUAAAAUGAAAUGACAAAUCAAAACAUCAAUCCCAACGAUGUCAUGAUGCAGAGUAUGAUGAAAAUGUUUCAACAGCAAAUGAUGUAAAUGAUGCAAACCCAAUCUUCUGGUUUUGAUUUAGAAAAGUUUUACCAUAACAAAGUUAAUGAUAUGAAUUAAUUCUACAACCAAAUGAAACCUGAAGAAUGUUAAUUAUAAUAGUCAUCCUAAUUCAUCCAUAACUAUAAUCCAUCCAAAUACUAAGAAGUAAUUAUUAGUAUUAAGUAGGAAACCAACGUAAACACCAAUAGAUAACUUCACUUUGAUGAUAUUUAAGUAACUUCGAAUUACAGAAAUGAGUUUCAUGAUUAUACUUUGCCAGAUAAUGAACUGUUCAAUUAAUAUAAAAAUAAAUAAGAUCAAAAACAACGCUAACAUAGACUCAAUGAAUAUGGAGAUCAGAGAUCAACUAAAUAAUAAAUUCAAAAUUUUGAUUAAUCAGAUAAUGAAGACAUGUACAAUAAAUAACAAAAAUAACCAUAAAAGAAAACUCCUGCUUUUGAUGAUAUACCAAUUAAAUAAGCUACUCAAGAUGAACAAUAAAUUCGAUCCAAUUUUAAUAAAAAUAAUUUAUAUUAAUAAGAUGAGUAUGAUUUUAAAUAAUAAUCUAAUCCCUUUGAUGAAAUGCCAAUUAAACCUAUAAAAAGCAAUAAUUUCGAUGACAUUCCUAUUAGAACUAUGAAACAAGAUGAUUUUACUAAAUAAUAAGAAGAAACACAAUGGCAAAAUUAAUAAAAUCAUAAAUAAUCUAAAUAAUUUGAAGAUUAACCCAUUAAGAGAACAAACUAUUCUAAUCCUUUUGAUGAAGUCCCAAUCCCUUCCACAAAGCAAAAUUAAAAUAAUUUCGAUGAAAUUGCAAUUAAACCUGUUAAGAAAGGUUAUGAAGAUUAAACAAUCAAAACCAAAAAGAACUCCUUUGAUGAAGUUCCAAUUAAACCUGCUAAAAACCAGGCAUUUGAUGACAUACCAAUUAAAACAAAUAAAAAUUAAGGUUUUGAUGAUAUACCCAUUAAAACAAAUAAAAAUUAAGGUUUUGAUGACAUUCCUAUUAAGACAAAUAAAAAUUAAGGCUUUGAUGACAUGCCUAUAAAGACAAAUAAAAACUAAACUUUUGAUGAAAUACCUGUGAAGACAAAUAAAAACACAGCAUUUGAUGAUAUGCCUAUAAAGACAAAUAAAAAUUCUGCAUUCGAUGAGAUCCCUAUUAGAAACAAUAAAAAUUCAGCAUUUGAUGACAUGCCUAUUAAAUCUAACAAAAACCAGGAGUUUGAUGAAAUGCCUCCGAGAAAUCACUUUAAAAAACCACUUGAAGAGGCUAAUUUUGAAGAUUAAGGGCGUGCCAAGAAAAAAGCAUUUUUGAAAAAAGGAACAAGAUAAUUUUUAUCAAACGCUUAGUAAAGAUCUGAUAUUGCUAAAAAAGAACAUGCUGAAAUUUUAAAGGAGAAUAAUGCUUCAGGGGUUCUUCCUAUUUAAAAUUAAAGCAAUUAAUUUAAACCUUAAAAAAUAUAAUAAUAAUAAAAAGUUGAAUUUAAGUAAGAAUAGAAAGAAGUCUAAUAAAGACAAAAAAAAUAGGAUUUAUCAAAGGAAUAACCUAAAUAAUAAUAGCCUCCUAAGUAGUAAUAAUAAUAAUAAUAAUAAUAAUAAUAAUAACAACAAUAAUAAAUAUAAUAAAAACCUCUCAAACAAAAAGAAGAAUCUGAAAAUCAUCAAGACUCAUAUUAAGAAUAUUAAUUUGAUGAUAAUGAAGAUUGGAAUGAUGAACCUCCUAAAUAAUCCAAGAUUGCAACCUCCUAUUUUGGAUUAAAAAAGGAAAAAGAUGGAAAAGAAAAAAAAUAAGAGAAACCUUAACCUCAAGAAUCUGAAGAAGAAAUCGUAAGGAAAUAUGUAUAAGACAAGAUUGAUAAUUUAAAUGCUGAAAUUGCUAAAUUUAAGAGUGAAAAUGAAAAGGUUAAGAAAGCUAAAGUGAAAUGUGAUGAUUAAUUGAAAUAAUUACAAAGAGAGAGAGAAGAGUGGGAGAAGUAAAAAGAAAUAGAAAAACAUGAAUUAGAAGAAUGGAAGGAAGAAGAGAAAAAAAAAAUGCUAAGGGAAAAAAGAGUGUAAGAAAGGCAACAAAAAACGAUAUAAAAUUUGCCCAAUAGAAAAGAACGAGAAGAAAUAGAAUUAUUAAAAUAGUAGGUUUAAAAAUUAACAGAAGAAUAGAAAUAAAAAGAUCAAAAGAAUAAGUUAUCCUAUGAUAGAUUAAAGAAAUAGAAUGAAGAAUUAUCAUAAAGAAACUAAGAAUUGUAGGCUGAGGUAAAAGCCUUAGAACUUAGAUUGUUAGAAUAGAAGAGACCAAACUCUUAAGCAACAAUUUAAUAAAGCAAAUCCUAAUAAAUUUAAUUGAAACCCAGUGUUUCUGGACUUUCUUAAAAGAAAGAGGUACCACAAUAAAAGAAUAGAAGACAAAGCCCAAACAGUUUUGUGGAGGAACAAUAAAUAAAACAUAAAUAAUCAAUAUAGGAAUAUAGGAAAUAAGAAUCAGAUGAUGAAAACGAUUAUGAUAACGAUAAUGAUGAGGAAUAAUAAAAUGAUGACCUGAGUGAUGAUAGUUAAGAGGAGAAUGAUUAUAGAUAGGAAAAAUAAAAAAGAAAUUUGUAAUAAUAAAAUACUAAGAAAUAUGAUUUAGUAGAAAUGUAGGAUGAAGGUAUCCCAUUUACAAUAAAAAAUAUCAAUAGUUUGAUUUCGGAAUAGGAAUUUAAUUAUGAUUAAAAUCGUUUUUAUCAGGGUUAUAGAAAGAAUAAGGAUGUUCCUUCAAAAAUAAUUAAUCAAAAUGUUGGUCCUGAUGGUAAAAUAUCUAGACAAUAUUCUAAUGGUAAAAAAGAGGUAGUUUUCCAUAAUGGAGUUAAGAGGGAAGUAUUUCCUGAUGGAUAUGUUGUAGUUCACUUUACCAAUAAAGAUGUAAAGCAGACUUUACCCAAUGGAACAGUAAUAUAUUAUUUUGCUGAUGCAAGUACGACUCAAAUUACAAUUGCCAAUGGACCAAAUAUUUAUCGUUUUUCCAAUUAAUAGAUCGAAAUUCAUUUUAAUGAUGGCACGAAAGAAAUUAGAUUUGGAGAUGGAACUGAAAAGUACAUAAAUGCCAGUGGUGAAGAGUAGACUUUCUUCAGUGAUGGGAUAAUAUAAAAGAUUAAUAGUUAAAAAGUAAAGUAAAUCGAAUAUCCAAAUGGAAAUGUAGAUAUAGUUUAUCCUGAUGGUCAAAUAUAGAGACAGUAUAGGAAUUGA